AUGAUCUACUACUAUUUAAUUGGAUUUCUAUUAUUAGUUAAUGGGUAGUCAAUCACUACUUUGAAAAUUUCUGAAUUUUAUUAAUGCUCCUGUGAAAACUUAAAAACGCCCUUAGAUUGUAUUCAAGAUUUUUGUAAUUGGGAUUUUGUAAAUGAUGUAUGCUAAAAUAAAGAAUGCAAAGAAUUUUCUAAAGGUGAUUGCCAAGCCGUUCCAGAUCCAUUUAAUUGCGUUUGGAAUUACAAAACUGCUAAAUGCGAAGAUUUCAAAGCUUGUUCUGAUUUUAGUUUUUCAUCUUCUUGGGGGGAUAGAUGUUAUGAUUUAAUAAACUGCUAGGUUGAUCUUGAUUCAUUAGAUCCUAGAUCUAAAACUGUCAAAUGUAUGGACAGAAGUAAUGAUUCUGCAAAGAGUGUUGUCAAUUGCCAUAAAAUUCCUUAUGAAAGCUGCAAAUGGCUUGUAACUGAUAAUGAUGAAAUAUGUGUCAGAAAUUUGGAAAAAAAAACUUGCGAAACAAAACAAAUAAAUAAUUGUGCUGAUUAUAGCUUAAAAAGUACUUGCGAUAAGAGUACUUGUUAUUGGGACGGUACAUGUAAAUCUUUGGAUUGUUCUAAAUUAUCAGAAGAGGGUUGCUAAUAUUAUUACUCCUUUGAUUCUAAAAAUAUUACAUUGUGUACUUGGAAAGAAAACUAAUGUACUAAUUUAAAUAUAGAUAAUUUAAAAUAAAAUUAGUGCUUGUCAUACACUCUUUAUUCAUAUGCUUGGAAUCCAGAUAGCGAAAAAUGCGAAAUUUGUAAAAAAUAGAUGUUAUUAAUUUUAUCAUAUGGAUUAAUCUUGUUGUUUCUAGGGUUUAAUUGA